UCUCGUUAAAAGAUAAACUUCUCCAACGUUCUAAUUUUUCGAAUUCUUCUUUUCUUUUUCUUUUUCAAAAACAUUCUUUUUCGUUUCGCCACUCUCCGCAUCAUGGUGCUAGUCUGUUUUUAGAGCCAGCGCGACAAUACAAUGAUAAAAGAAAAUCUAUCUGUAGUAUUGUGGGGAGUGUGUGGUGAGAUGUCCCAUAGUGGCGUUUGGAAAAUUUCAGUUUUUGAUAAUCCUGCUUUUAUUCAAUUAAAUGAAUUAAAAACUGAAAUCGUUGGCGGAUUUCAUUUUGAUGUUUUUGAAAUAUUACGAGAAAAAUUAAACUUCAAAUAUGAAAUUGUUCAUCCAGUGCCAGUUACGUAUGGAUUAAAGAUGGAAGCAAAUGGCACAUAUACUGGAAGUUUAUCACAACUGGUUUAUCAGAAAUCAGAUUUUUCAUUCCUGCCGUAUACUGUAACAUACGAUCGAUUUGAUUUGGUAGAUUUUUCGUCCAUUAUAGGAAUUUAUAAAAUAAUCUUUACAUUACUACAAAGAAAAGAUAAAUCUGACUGGAAAACAAUCAUCAAGCCUUUCUCUCUUGAGAUUUGGAUUGGAAUCGCAUUUUCCAUGCUGUUUUCUGGAUUAUUAAUACCAUUUUUAGUGAAAUGCGAACAGCAAUUGCUGAAAAAACGAAAUUAUUGUUCCGUAAAACGAACGAUGUGGUACCUUUUCGGGACGCUUACUCUUAAAGGCGGAAAUAUAGACAUGAUAAAAUGCCCUUCGUCGAGGCUUCUCGUAGGGAUUUGGUUGUUGUGCGUCGUGACUCUCGAUUACAGUUAUGGUGGACUUUUAACGUCAUAUCUGACGGCUCCCGUUUACGAACAAGUUCCGACGAAUUUUAACCAGUUAGUCAGUCUUUUGAAGAAAAACCAAUUUGCUUGUGGAUCUGAUAAUCAUGGAUAUCUACCCAAAUAUAUACAGAAGUCCACAUCAGGCGUAGCUAAAGAAAUAAAAAAUUACAUAGAAUUCAUCGAUGAUUAUUCCAAGAUGGAAGAAAUUACCAAACGUUUGCAACAGGGCCGUUUUGCAUACGUAACGAAUGAACAUUGGUUCAAAAGACGUUAUCAAGAUCAUUUGAAAGGAAAAAUAGUGUUUAGUGAAGACGCAAUUUUAACAAUAAACGUGGCAUUUGCUACAAGAAAACAUUUUCAAUUUCAGGAAAUAUUGAGUAAAACAAUAAACCGCUUAUUUGAAGCUGGAAUUAUUGAUCAUCUCAACGAACUUGGAUAUGUAGUGUCAAUUGCAUGUUUUUUUGUAGAAUACAUCAUCGGAAUGGGACGUUUUAAUCCUAAAGAUAUGCAAUAA